AUAUUAAGUGGCUACCACAAGCAAUUUAAGGCAGUAUUAAAGUAACUUUUAAAUCGAACAAAUGUGUUGCUCUUUUAGUUUGGUUACCAAAUAAAAAAAAAUCAUAAAAAUAUUCUAAAAAUGAAGGCUUGCCAUAUGCAAAUUUUGUUAUUAUUGCUAGGAGUGUUCGCAGGCAUCUCGAAGGCAGCAAAUGUGCUGGCUUUUCUACCCUCAGCCAGUCCUUCCCAUCUGAUCAUAGAAAUGGCAGUGGUGAGAGAAAUGGCCGAGCGCAAUCAUAAUGUGACAGUGGUCUCUGUGCUGCCAUUAAAACAGGAAUGGCUGCAUCCCAGCAUGACUUACAUAAAACUCGACAGAGGCCUCUUUGACAUGAAUUCGGCUAUGAAUGCAACCAAAAGCAAUGGUCUCUACUUUAUGUGGAAUUUCUUUAAGAUGUUUAGUGAAAUGUCUUCGUCAAUGGCAGAAUCUCUGGAAGAUCCCAAAAUGUUGGAGUUGAGAAAUAAUCGUGGGAAUAAAUUCGAUUUAAUGCUGUAUGGCUAUAUAUUUGGUGAAUUUUUUGUGGGCCUGGCAGAACAUUUCGAUUGUCCAGUGGCAUUGUUGUGGCCAAAUAUUCCCUUGGUACCCAUCAUGAAAUUAAUAGGCAACCCAUUUGAAAUAUCCUAUACCAUAGUUUCCAUUUUGAAUGUGAAUCCAAAUGGCAAUGGAAUUCUAUUUCGCCUCAAGAAUGUCCUAUUUAUGGCUGUGGAAUAUAUCAUGCUGACAAUUCGAGAACAAGGGUCAAGAUCUGUAUAUGAAAAACAUUUUCCCUCCGACAGAUAUGCCAGCUAUGAAAAGGCCAAGGAGCGUGUGACCAUGGUUCUUUUCAGCCAUCACUUUAGUGAGAAGCCAGUAAGACCGCUUGUACCAGGCCUCAUUGAAAUAGGUGGCAUUCACUUGAACGAAGAACCCAAGCCACUGCCGAAGGACAUUGAAGACUUUGUUACUUCAGCCAAACAUGGAGUCAUCUUUUUCAGUUUGGGUACCAAUGUUAAAACCACUCAUUUACAACCUCAAACUUUGGAGAAAAUCUACAAUGUCCUCUCAAAGUUACCCCAAAAGGUGCUCUGGAAAUGUGAUGAUGAGUCCAAGGUUCCUGGCAACUCAUCAAAUAUACUCUUCCGCAAAUGGAUGCCGCAAGCCGAUAUUUUAGGUCAUCCAAAUGUCAAGUUGUUCUUUGGCCAUGGUGGUAAAGGUGGCAUAACUGAGGCCAAGUUCUAUGGAGUGCCCAUGGUGGGGCUGCCAAUAUUUGGUGAUCAACCCAUGAAUAUGGAGGAAGUUGUGCAAAAAGCUUAUGGUUUGUCCUUAAAUCACGAUAGAACCCUAAGCGAGGAGCUCAUUCUCAAUGCAGUAAAGGAGGUCUUGGAGAAUAACACCUAUACGAAUAAUGUUAAGAAAUUCUCGAAUCUCUAUCGUGAUCGUCCUUUGAAGAUUAAGGAUAAUGCCGUAUAUUGGUUGGAAUAUUUGAUACGCUACAAGGGAGCCCCCCAUUUGCAGAGUCCCCUUAAGACCAUGUCCUUUGUGGAGGCUAAUAAUUUGGAUGUCUUCGCUUGCCUGUUUGUGGGCUUGUAUUUAGUUUUUCAAAUAAUGAAAUUUUCUGCCAAAUUAGUAUUUAGAUUAGUAUGUGGGACAAGUAGACAAAAAACCAAAAAAGAUUAGAGAAUAUGUGAUUGGACAAUACAUGUGUGUCUUUUUUUUUAAUGAAAUUUUAUAGUUAAGUCAUAGUUGAUAUUUUUGACUCAAAUAAAAUGUAUUUUUGUUAUUUAUUUUAAAUGAA